CCCUUCUCUAUUAUGUCAGAGGGCAGCACGUCGCGAUAAGAUGCUUAUUGGGUGGAAUUCCACAUGGUGUUGUGACAGAAGGAUCAGUCGAUCGCUGGUACCGGCCGUCAGUCCAUUUUCUUUGUAAAUAAAAACGAACAAAUGUCGCAGCCGAAGUCGAUCAUAAGCGAGAUGCAUAUGGUUGAGGAGACCCUGCAGGCUUCUCUGCAAAAGGUUGAAAUGAUCGAUCGAAAACUGAGAACAAAGUUGCUGACCAUAGAAAACCGGAAUAGACUAGAAACGGAGUUGGAAGAGGUUAAAAAUGUGCUCGCCGUCAAUCAGAAAGCGCUGAAGGACCUAAGGCACGAGAACACACGGUCGUUCAUGAUGACUGCGAGUCUGGUGUUCGCCUGCUUUCUACUCUUUGGAUUAUAUUCCCUGAUAUUCGGUGGCACGUAAACUUUUGACCAAACGACAAGCCCUACUACAGGAAGCAAAGUGUCACGAAAUAUACUAUGAACCAAUGAACAUUCCUUAAGUGUUCGCCGUACUCUAGUGAUUUUAUAUAAGUAUACAUAUAUUGAAUCAUCCCUCGUAACGAUAUAAAUGAUUCAAAGCUCCCCAGUAAAGUUACAGCGUAAAGACUUUCGAGGAGAGCCAAUAGCAUACAGAGCCUUCAUUAUUUUUCGACAGUUAUCCUAAAAUUCACAUGUCAACAACUGUCCGAAGCAAAUGAAGAAUUUGAGCAGAAAUCGACAGGUCUGUCCUAGAUCCAUCCUCGGUCUCAAACAAGUUUCACGUGCGUCGAUGUUCAGUGGUAUGAAAUUAUGGACAUCGGUGCAAUUAGGAGCACAAAUUUUUGGUUUGUUCGACGAUGACAAGCAUUCUAAAUGUUUCAAUUAAAAUCUAUCGCUGUCACCGACAGGUUGUCUGAACUAAGCGACUCGCACAAUCUUAGAACUUCCAAACCUAAAAUCUGUAUCUCUAUUUCGAUUACUCGCACAAUUUACAGUCUGACGAAUCAACAUGAGCUUUUUGAGUUUGAAAAAUGAAAGCUGAAUAUUCUUAACCGAUUUUCUAAGCGUUCAAAAAAUCGAACUCGUGGUUACAGGCACAAUGGUUGCGGUAUAAAACGUUCUGGCGUCUCUAAAAGUCAACUCACCGUUGUCCAGAUGUGUGAAUAUUCAUUCAUAUUUUCCGCAAUUAUGAACAAUUUAA